CGCUGCCGUCUGGCAGAACGCGGCGGUCCCUCUCGGCCGCGGCCCGGAGAUCAGUGCGCCCCGCUGCAGUGGCUCUUCCUUCGUCGCCAUGUCUGCCGUGACGAAGGCCUCCGGCGCGCUCAAAUCGGUGGAUUACGAAGUGUUCGGACGAGUGCAAGGUGUUUGUUUCAGGAUGUACACGGAAGAGGAAGCUAAGAAAUUAGGAGUGGUUGGCUGGGUUAAAAACACCAGUCAAGGAACUGUAACGGGCCAAGUUCAAGGCCCAGAAGAUAAAGUAAAUGAGAUGAAGUCAUGGCUGAGUAAAGUUGGAAGCCCGAGUUCUCGCAUAGAUCGAACAAAUUUCUCGAAUGAAAAGGAGAUUCUGAAGCUUGACUUCACAGGAUUUAGCACUAGAUACUAAAAGAAGAAAACAUCACUAAGAGCUACCAAGUUUUUGCUGCAUGUUUUCUUCUGUGCCUCAAUAAAAUGGCACAAGAGCAUUUGGAUGCUUUCUUUAUUAGAGAUAAAUAUAAAUGAUCCCUGUUCACAUGAAGUAAGAAUUCUUAGUUGCUGUGUUUGACAUUUUUUUUUACAAUAUGAAUGUCAACGUCUAGUGUCUAAAAUGUCAAUAUCUAAUAUAUUGCAUCUUGAAAGCCAAAUAAAUGGUUAAAAGCGUCAGUGAUUAUUUGUGCACAGUGUGAUUUCUUAUAUAUAACCAUAUAGAACCUAAUCUUUACACUGUGAUUCAUGUUUUAGAUGCAAAACAAUGAAUUUAUGUUCUACUGUUUGUAGUUUCACCAGAAACACUCAGCUACAGAACUAGACCACUAACAACUUUGUACUAUGUUAUUUGUGGUAAUUGGUUAAGAUACAACAGUAAUUUAAAAUAAAUGUG